CACACAAUUUUUCAAUUAAGUCCUGAAGUGAUCCGUUACUUACAGCCGAGGAAUCUGUCUCUCUCAAAAAUCUCCGUUUUAGCUGCCGGAGACUCAAAAUGAGCGCCGCCACCGCUUUCACUUCCAUUGCUUUUAACACACCUCACUCUUCCACCAAGGACUUGGUAAUAAAGCAACAGAAUGUGAAGUCACGUGUAAAGUGUUCGAUCAAGAGUGGUAUAACUACUUCACAAAAGAAUGUUCGUGUUGGUGUUCUUGGAGCAAGUGGUUAUACUGGUUCUGAGAUUCUUCGGCUUUUGGCAAAUCAUCCACAAUUCGGAGUUGCACUGAUGACCGCUGAUAGGAAAGCUGGGCAGGCAAUUUCAUCUGUAUUCCCUCAUUUGGGCACACAAAACUUGCCAGAUUUGAUUGCAAUAAAGGAUGCAAAUUUUUCUGAUGUAGAUGCUGUAUUCUGUUGUUUACCACACGGAACUACGCAGGAAAUAAUUAAAGGUCUCCCAAAGCACUUGAAGAUUGUUGAUCUUUCUGCAGAUUUUCGUCUAAGAGAUGUUUCUGAGUAUGAAGAGUGGUAUGGUCAGCCACACAGUGCACCAGAUUUGCAGAAAGAAGCUAUAUAUGGAUUAACAGAGGUUUCAAGGGAGGAAAUAAGGAAUGCACGCCUAGUUGCUAAUCCGGGUUGUUAUCCAACUUCCAUCCAACUUCCUCUUGUUCCACUGAUAAAGGCUAAUCUUAUUCAGACUAGUAAUAUUAUUGUUGAUGCUAAAUCUGGUGUUAGUGGAGCAGGGCGAAGUGCAAAAGAAAAUUUAUUGUUCACUGAAGUAACCGAGGGUAUGAACUCUUAUGGUGUUACUCGGCAUCGCCAUGUUCCAGAAAUCGAACAAGGACUCGCUGAAGCUGCAGGUUCAAAAGUAACCAUUAGUUUUACCCCACACCUGAUUCCAAUGUGCCGUGGUAUGCAAUCAACUAUUUACGUGGAAAUGGCUCCAGGAGUAAGCAUUGAGGACUUGCACCAUCAACUGAAACAAUCAUAUGAGGAUGAAGAAUUUGUUGUACUGUUGGAAAAUGGAGUAAUUCCUCGAACUCAUAGUGUUAAAGGAUCAAAUUACUGUUUAAUCAAUGUUUUCCCUGAUCGAAUUCCUGGAAGAGCAAUAAUCAUAUCUGUGAUUGAUAACUUAGUGAAGGGAGCAUCAGGUCAAGCCUUACAAAACCUGAACUUGAUAAUGGGUUUUCCAGAAAAUUUAGGGCUUCAUUACCUGCCUCUGUUUCCUUAGAGUUGUUAGAGUAGUCAUCUUAUCUAACUAGGGUGAGCUGGAGAUGUUUCUUUUCCGGCAGCCACGUUUCCAUGUAAACUUAAUAAUGGUUCUUUUCAUUUGUUGGUUCUAUUGGCUCAUGUGGCUAAUGGAUGUGCCAAAUCGAUGUCUCGGCUAGAGCUCCGCCAUUAUUGUCACCACUCCUUAAUAAUGGAUGCUCUAGUGGAAAUAUUUUAGAAUAAUGGAUUUUCAUUAACAAGGUGUGAUCCUGGAAUUUCAGGAACUCAUGCACCAGUUUGAUGAUUUUCGAGUUAGUUUUAUAAGGAGACAUUUGAACCAUGAGGCUUCUUAAACUUUUGGGAGUAGCCAAGAGAUUAGGUUCUAGAAUCUGGUUGGGGAAUGCCCCUCAUUUUUCUGCUCCAUCUUAUCGUAAUGAUCCUGUUUUAUUAGUUCAAUGGCAUGUCUGUUUGGCUUUCGAAAAAAUAGAUUAUGGAAUGCUCUCUUGCUCAAUAAACUUGCAAGGCUUACCCUUGCUAAUGUUGUGUUCGUGUCAACAUAAUCAUAUUAAAUGAAAAAUCAUAUGCAUAGGAACAUGCAGUUAAUGAUGAAAAA